CUUCCAGCUUCAUAUCGAGGAUCCAGCAGGCAGUUGCACAACUAGAUUUGAAGGACAGCAAAUCUUCGAAAGCUUUUCAUAUUGUGAGCAGGUUCUUCUUUGAGUCCGACAAAACGUCUUGAACAUGGCCCAACUUUUCUUGUACAUGGCACUCGCUGCUACCUUCGUGCUUGUUUCAAGCCAACCGGAUUGCACGGACGAUCCAAACGGGACCAUCUACAGAGGAGAGUUGGCUCAGACCUUUUCCGGUAAAACAUGCCAAUCCUGGAACUCCCAGAACCCACAGAGGCACUCCCGGACACCCGGCAACUACCCUGAUGCGGGCCUUGGGGAUCACAACUACUGCAGGAACCCCGACAGUGCAUUCACCGCCUGGUGUUACACCACCGAUCCUGAUACCCGAUGGGAGUAUUGUACCAUUGGUGAUUUCAGCCCCGAAUGCACGAAUCCCGAAUGCUACCACCAAUCCCCUGGCGCUGACUACCGAGGAGAAGUCUCGACUACCAGGAACGGUCGUGAGUGCCAAAACUGGACCUCCCAGUCGCCCCAUGGUCACAGCCGCACCCCAGAGAACUACCCUACCUCUGGUCUCGGGGACCACAACCUCUGCCGCAACCCCGACGGCGAGGAUUUUGCCUGGUGCUACACAACCGACCCCAGUGUCCGUUGGGAGUUCUGCAACAUCGGAUUGCCCGAAGAAGCUUGCUAAAUGGCGUUCAAUGUCUUCUUAAAAUGAGCGGAGGAGGAAGGGGUAUUUCUUGAAUCUUAUCAUGUUUCGUUAUCGUAAUUUUGCUUUUUAAUAUUUAUCAUCUUUGGAAACAGGGUGACUUUGUAGGCCAUAUGGUGGCUGCUUACUGCUAUGAUACAACCUCCUAUAUUGAUUUCACUGUCUGUCAUUUCUUUGAUGGAAUAUUAUUGUUCAAACCUCUCUACGAGAAAGUAUGGAUCUAAUUUCCUGUUCAUAUUUUAACAAUUGCUAACAUUCUUUAGGUGUUGUUCUGCUAGUACUUUCUUUUGAUGGGGUGGUUGGGAGGGAAGGGGUCAACUAUUUAUAUCAAGUGGUGUGUUUCAGAAAGAAAUAACAAACAAAAACUAGACAAGAAAUAGAGGGAAAUAGAAGAAUAAAUGUUUCAUUACUUCACCGUUACAAAUUUAUCUCAUUGAUAUAUUGAUAAUGAUAUAGCAGUGUAACUCAGAUUGAAUAAACAGUAGUUACUCUAUUUAUUCGCAAUAAUAUUAAGCAAUGGAAACAUUGCUGUUUUUACUCUUUGAAUUUGUAUUAGUCUUAGAAUUAAAUCUUAGCAUUGUGUUGUAUUGGCUAUAAGGUGUAGUACUGGAUUAAAUACUUCAUAUAUUGUUUGAUGUAUCAAUAUUGCAUUCCUUGAUAAUGAGUCACACCACCCCCUGUGCAAUCAUUUGUUGAACAAUAAAAGACGAUUGAAACAUCUCUAGCACAAUCA